CCUCCAAGAUGGCGGCGCAGUGCUGAGGUAGAGCUCUGACUUCCUGAUGGGGUCGCGUACUGCCUCUCAUACUCAUCCUCCCUUGAGUCACAGAAGCCGCUGAUUGAAGCCCCGAAGGGGGGCCGGUUACGAAGAGAAGAGAGAGCCGAAGGGAGUUGCCGAUCCGAGUGAGAUGCAGGAGAAGGAGGAAGGGGAUAAGACUAAAAGCAUGUUCCUGUCACGGGCCCUGGAGAAGAUCCUGGCCGAUAAGGAUGUGAAGAAGGCCCAGAAUUCCCAGCUCAGGAAAGCCUGUGAGGUGGCACUAGAGGAAAUCAAGUCUGAGUUUAUAUCACAGAAGGAAGGCACUGCAACUCCAUCCAAAGCGAAAUUCAUUGAGGCCGAUAAGUAUUUUCUCCCAUUCGAGCUGGCCUGUCAGUUGAAAUCCCCUCGAGUGGUUAGUACAUCCCUGGACUGCUUGCAGAAACUUAUUGCCUAUGGACACAUCACCGGCAAUGCUCCGGACAAAGGAGCCCCUGGCAAGCGCCUCAUCGAUCGCAUUGUUGAUACCAUCUGCAGCUGUUUCCAAGGCCCCCUAACAGAUGAAGGAGUUCAGUUACAAAUCAUCAAGGCUCUGCUAACGGUUGUUACAUGUCCCUUUGUUGAAAUCCACGAAGGAACGAUCCUUCAGACUGUCAGGACAUGUUACAAUAUCUAUCUGGCAAGCAGAAACCUGGUCAAUCAGACCACGGCCAAAGCCACGCUGACCCAGAUGCUCAACGUUAUAUUCAUCAGAAUGGAAAACCAAGAGCUGCAGGAACAACAGGAAUAUGUGACACCGCAUGAAAACGUGCACUCUCCUGUGCCCUAUAAAGCAAUGGCAUCACCACACCUCAAACAUAGGGAUGAAAACCAUAUCCUAAAUGAGCUUCCUGAGUCAGGAAAUGGCAAUAUCACAAACAUGGAGGCUGCAGAAGCAAAUGAGCACACAGAGGCAACAGAGAGCUGCAAUGAAAAGACUGUAGAGCCUGUGUCUGAGGUCUCAGUCCCUGAGGAAACUCCUGUUCCUGCUGAUGUUAUCGAGGACACUACAGAUUCUGUCUACAAAGAGGAGGAGGAGAACAAAGCUGUAAAUGAAACUAUCACAUCUGAAGCUGAGUCUGGUGACCUCCCACCCACUCUGAAUCUUCCUGAAAGCAGCCAAACCAAUGGAAUUUCAGAUGAUGGGCAGUCUGUGUCUUCUACAGAUAACCUGGAGUCUGAUUCUCUCCAUGGUCAGAACUCUGGUGCGAAAUUCUCCCAUAUCCUACAGAAAGAUGCCUUCCUUGUAUUCCGAUCACUCUGCAAACUUUCCAUGAAACCCCUCGGUGAAGGCCCACCAGAUCCCAAGUCCCAUGAGCUGCGUUCUAAAAUUAUUUCCCUUCAGCUUCUCCUGUCAGUAUUGCAGAGCGCAGGUCCAGUAUUCAGAACGCAUGAAAUGUUCAUUAAUGCAAUCAAGCAGUACCUCUGUGUGGCACUCUCGAAAAAUGGAGUGUCCUCCGUGCCUGAUGUCUUCGAACUCUCACUUGCCAUAUUUCUCAGUUUGCUGUCAAACUUUAAAAUGCAUUUGAAAAUGCAGGUCGAGGUCUUCUUUAAGGAAAUCUUCUUAAAUAUUUUGGAGACCUCUUCAAGUUCGUUUGAACAUAAGUGGAUGGUUAUACAGACGCUAACAAGGAUUUGCGCAGAUGCUCAAUGUGUGGUGGAUAUUUAUGUGAACUACGACUGUGAUUUAAAUGCUGCUAAUAUAUUUGAACGACUCGUUAAUGAUUUGUCUAAAAUCGCUCAGGGAAGAAGCGGACAUGAGCUUGGAAUGACUCCACUGCAGGAGCUUUGCCUCAGAAAGAAAGGAUUGGAAUGCUUGGUGUCCAUACUUAAGUGUAUGGUGGAAUGGAGCAGAGAUCUCUAUGUGAAUCCAAACUUUCAAUCCAAUCUUGGCCAGGAGAAAAACUCUGACCCUGAAAGCUGCGAAAAUAAAACGCCGGAAACCACAGGCAGAAGGUACAGCGUAAGCUCUAGGGAUUCGACCGUAUCCUCAGGAAUUGGCAGCACCAGCACCCAGACAUCCAUUCCAGAUGACCCAGAGCAGUUUGAAGUGAUUAAACAGCAGAAGGAGAUUAUUGAGCAUGGUAUAGAAUUAUUUAACAAGAAGCCAAAAAGAGGGAUUCAGUAUUUACAGGAGCAAGGUAUGCUUGGAACAAUGCCGCAGGACAUUGCUCAGUUUUUGCACCAGGAGGACCGCCUGGAUUUUACCCAGAUAGGGGAGUUUGUGGGUGAAAACAACAGGUUUAACAGAGAAGUGAUGUAUGCUUAUGUGGAUCAGUUAGAUUUCUGCGACAAAGACUUUGUGUCUGCUUUGCGUAUGUUCCUGGAAGGAUUCCGUCUACCCGGUGAAGCUCAAAAGAUUGACAGAUUAAUGGAAAAAUUUGCUGCUCGAUAUUUAGAAUGUAACCAGGGCCAGACCUUGUUUGCUUGCGCUGACACUGCCUAUGUCCUGGCAUAUUCCAUUAUUAUGUUGACAACAGAUCUGCACAGUCCCCAGGUAAAAAAUAAAAUGACCAAGGAACAGUAUAUCAAAAUGAACAGGGGCAUCAAUGACAGCAAAGAUCUGCCUGAGGAGUACUUAUCAUCUAUCUAUGAUGAGAUUGAAGGGAAGAAAAUUGCAAUGAAGGAAACAAAGGAACAUACCAUAGCAACCAAGUCAACAAAACAAGGUGUUGCUAGCGAGAAGCAAAGAAGGUUGCUAUAUAAUAUGGAAAUGGAACAAAUGGCUAAAACAGCCAAGGCACUAAUGGAGGCUGUAAGUCAUGCAAAAGCUCAGUUUACCAGUGCAACCCAUCUGGAUCACGUGAGACCUAUGUUUAAACUUGUUUGGACUCCACUGCUUGCUGCUUUCAGCAUAGGCCUUCAGAACUGCGAUGAUAGUGAAGUAGCCAACCUCUGCUUGGAAGGGAUACGAUGUGCAAUCAGAAUAUCAUGUAUUUUUAACAUGCAGCUUGAAAGGGAUGCAUAUGUCCAGGCUCUGGCCCGGUUUUCGCUGCUGACAGCCAGCUCCAGUAUUACAGAAAUGAAGCAGAAGAACAUAGACACCAUUAAAACCCUCAUCACUGUGGCCCAUACAGAUGGAAACUACCUCUCCAGUUCCUGGCAUGAGAUUUUGAAAUGCAUCAGCCAGCUGGAACUUGCUCAGCUCAUUGGAACAGGGGUAAAAACACGCUACAUUUCCGGUACAGGGCGCGAAAGAGAAGGAAGUAUCAAAAGCUACACAUCUGGUGGAGAGGAGUUUAUGGGCUUGGGCUUAGGCAACUUGGUUGGUGUGGGAGUUGAUAAGAAACAGAUGACUAGUUUCCAGGAGUCUGUUGGAGAAACAAGUUCUCAAAGUGUUGUUGUAGCAGUGGACAGGAUUUUUACCGGAUCAACUAGACUGGAUGGAUAUGCUAUUGUUGACUUUGUCCGGUGUCUGUGCGCCGUCUCAAUGGACGAACUGGCAUCCGUGCACCAUCCGCGAAUGUUCAGCUUGCAGAAGAUUGUUGAGAUUUCUUACUACAAUAUGAAUCGAAUCCGAUUGCAGUGGUCCAGGAUAUGGCAAGUGAUUGGAGACCAUUUCAACAAGGUUGGCUGUAAUCCCAAUGAGGACGUGGCAAUCUUUGCUGUUGACUCCCUACGUCAGCUGUCCAUGAAGUUUCUUGAAAAGGAUGAAUUGGCCAACUUUCGCUUCCAGAAAGAUUUCUUAAGGCCUUUUGAACAUAUUAUGAAGAAAAACAGGUCUCCAACAAUUCGGGACAUGGUCAUACGCUGCAUCACUCAGAUGGUGAAUAGCCAGGCUGGUAACAUUCGCUCAGGAUGGAAGAACGUUUUUGCUGUAUUUUAUCAAGCAGCCUCAGACCAUAAUGGGAAUAUUGUGGAGCUCUCCUUCCACACCGUGGGACAUACUGUUACCAAUGUUUUCCAGCAACACUUUCCCUCGGCCAUAGAUUCCUUUCAGGAUGCAAUUAAAUGUUUGUCUGAGUUUGCUUGUAAUGCUGCUUUCCCCGACACCAGCAUGGAAGCCAUUCGGCUGAUACGUUACUGUGCAAAGUAUGUCUCUGAAAAGCCACAGGCGCUGAGGGAGUACACUAGUGAUGAUAUGAAUGUUGCUCCUGGCGACAGGGUCUGGGUGCGAGGAUGGUUCCCGAUUUUAUUUGAGCUCUCCUGCAUUAUUAACAGGUGUAAGCUGGAUGUAAGGACAAGAGGCCUCACUGUGAUGUUUGAAAUUAUGAAGAGUUACGGCCACACAUUUGAAAACCAUUGGUGGCACGACUUGUUUCGAAUCGUGUUUAGAAUAUUUGACAACAUGAAACUCCCAGAACAGCAAACAGAGAAGUCUGAGUGGAUGACGACGACCUGUAACCAUGCACUUUAUGCCAUUUGUGAUGUAUUUACGCAAUUUUAUGAAGCUCUGAAUAGUGUUCUCCUUACGGAUAUAUUGGCCCAGUUGCACUGGUGUGUAAAGCAAGAUAAUGAACAGCUGGCACGAUCGGGUACCAACUGCUUAGAAAACCUUGUUAUCCUAAAUGGGGAGAAGUUUAGCCCUGAGGUUUGGGACAAGACGUGCAACUGUAUGCUGGAUAUCUUCAAAUCCACUAUCCCCAGUGUGUUAUUAACUUGGAGACCAACUGCAAUGGAAGAGGAUUCAGAUAAACGAUAUGACCUGGAUAUUGACAGGCAGUCUAUGAGCAGCAUGGACAGAAAUACAUCAGACAGAGCUCACAGCCAGAUUUCCAACACCACAGAGGACACGUGGAAAGGAAAGUCCAGUGAGAGAUUAGCAGAUCAGAAGCUUUUUGCCGGACUCCUAAUUAAAUGCGUGGUGCAACUGGAGCUUAUACAGACCAUCGAUAACAUUGUGUUCUAUCCAGCUACCAGCAAGAAAGAAGAUGCUGAGCACUUGGCAGCUGCACAAAGAGAUACUUUGGAUAUCCACAUAGAUUCGGAGGACCAAGGAAUGUACAAGUACAUGUGCACACAGCACCUCUUUAAAUUGCUGGACUGCCUUCAGGAAUCCCAUUCGUUUGCAAAGGCAUUUAAUUCCAACAACGAACAGCGGACGGCUCUAUGGAGAGCAGGGUUUAAAGGCAAAUCGAAACCCAAUCUGUUGAAGCAAGAGACGAGUAGCCUUGCCUGCUGUUUAAGAAUCCUCUUCCGAAUGUACACAGACGAGAAACUCAGAGAUUCCUGGGGGGAUAUAGAAAGCAGACUAUUAAAUGUGUGCAGUGAGGCCCUGGCCUACUUUAUUACUGUAAAUUCUGAAAGCCAUCGGGAAGCUUGGACCAAUCUACUUCUACUGCUUCUAACCAAAACACUUAAAGUUACAGAUGAAAAGUUUAAAGCCCACGCCUCGAGGUAUUACCCGCACCUCUGCGAGAUCAUGCAGUUUGACCUGAUUCCCGAGCUCCGCUCUGUACUCCGGAAGUUCUUCCUGCGCAUUGGGACGGUGUUCGGCAUUUGCAAGCCAGAAGAGCAGGCGCAGUCUGCCCGAGAGUAUCCCUCUGCAUAGCACAAGCCUCCUCACAGGUGGAACGUAGCCACUUUUGUCUCUUCUACUGUAGCAAUCAAAUCCAAAAGCCUAAAAAGGUUGCCGCCGGCAGCUGUAUCAAACCAAAAGUGGCACUUUAAUCUUCAUGAUAAUUGACUGUGCACAGUACACUUUUAGAAGGAUUACGGUUUCAGCUUUUACCAUCCGGAAGAGGCCACAGGGUUUGUCUUUUCAGCACCGGCUUUGUUGCCUCUUCAGUGUCCCAGGACACCAAAAAAAUAGUCAGGUGGCUAAGAAAUUGUACCUGUGACUAAUGGAAAAACCACAUAUUUUCCUUGCAGUGUAAGUUUAGUUGUUAAAUGACAUUCUGUUGGCUGUUGGACCCCUUCUCCCCUAAAUGGUAUGGACUGGCUUCCCUAAUCUGGACUAUUUAAUUUAUGAGAGUUUUUAGAAGGACGGGGGACAUAUUAUUAUUAUAAUAAUAAUAUAUUUUUAUUUUUGCUACUUAGGGUAAUGCUUUUGAUAGACUGGAGUAUAUAUUCCUUUUCCUCUGUUAUUCGCAUUGUUUUACGUCUAUUUUUUUGCCGCUGUAUGUCCGGUAAUUAAAUACCCAAUAAGAACUCCCAAGAACGCAAUGUUAUUUGUAAGCCUGAUAAUAAAUGAGUUGCUGAGGCAUG